AUGGAUAAAUCCACUUUGUGCCGAUUAUGUGUUGAGAUUUGCAGCGAUUGUAAGAAUCUUUACGAUGAAGAUGGUAGCUGUACACAAGUGUACGAAACUACUGUGAAAUAUUUCGAUCCCAUGCUAUUGAAUUUGGAGGUGGACCAGAGAUUUACAGUUAUUUGUCUGCAAUGUUGGCGUCACAUUAGCGAUUUCCAUGAAUUCCAGCAGGAGGUGUACAAUGCCCAAACAAAAUUGACGUUUGACAUCAAGCAAACCGAAGAUAUUAAGACCGAAAAUGAUUUGCUGCUGCUGCAGGACCAUGACAUACCACUGGAUAUUGUAAAAGAAGAUCCAAUGGAUGAUAGUCUGUUGCUUGCUGAUGUUAACGCUGACCUAGAGGAGGGUGAUGAUAAAUAUGAAAUAUCUUUACCCGACGAUUUGUAUGAUGAUGUACAUCAGAAUUCAAUAGAGUUCAGUUCGGACGAUGAAAAACCAUUACUCGAAUGCCUAAAGAAGACAAGAAAGAAACGUACUAAAACUAAAAUUGAUAUAAGAAAGGAAGAUAAUGCCAAAGUUCCAAAAAAGCGUGGCAGAAAGCCCAAAAAUACCGAGGUCCACGAUAAGUCCACUGAAAAUGUCAUCAAAAACUCCGAAAAUAAUAUAGAUUUCCCAUCAUAUGGUGAUAAUUCCCAAGAUGGUCAUUUGUCCUCCUCAGUUGGUGGUGACACCGAUGACAAUUCUGUCGGCGGUAAAGCUCCCUCGAAAAAUGGCACCAAAGCAGGAAAACGCAGAACACAAGAAAUAGACGAAUUCAUAGCCCAGUGGAAACAAGAUUUGGAAUGCGUUGUUUGUGGCCAACUUUAUCCGAAUCUUACAUCGCUGCGAAAACAUUUCCGAGAACAUCAUCCCAACCAGAAAUGCUACAUAACAUGCUGCCAACGAAAGUUACGACAUCGUUUCCAUAUCGAAGAACACAUUCGCAUACAUCUCGAUCCUAAUGCCUUCAAGUGUGAUAUUUGUGGUAAAUGCUGCACAACGAGUAGAAGUCUAAAUAGCCAUAAACUUGAAAAACACACGGCAGAAGGCCGGGAACGCAUAUUUGAAUGUCCGAUAUGUCAGAAACGGUUUGCAAAGAAAACCGUUCUAAAAUGUCAUAUUGAAACUCAUAAAACCGGAACGGAUUAUGUUUGCAGCCAAUGUGGCAAAGGCUUCGCAACGGAACAGCGUCGAAAGGUUCACGAACGAACCGUACACAAUGUCGAUAGGGUCUGUGAUCAAUGUGGCAAGACUAUUCAUGGUAUAUAUGCUCUGAAACAGCAUCUGUUGGAACAUCAGGGUAUUAAGAAACCUAAAUGGCCUUGCGACAUAUGUAAUGCCCAAUUGUAUUCACAUUCCAGUCUGAAACGUCACAAACAGGUGGCUCACAAUGACGGCAGCACCGUAUACGUGUGUGGAGAAUGUGGGAAAAUUGCUGCAACAGAAACCGCAUUACGUAGCCAUAAAAAAUAUGUCCAUCAAGCUGAACGCAAACACAAAUGUACGAUAUGCGAUAAAGCCUUUAAGGUGGCGGUGGUUUUACGCGAACACAUGGCUACACAUACCGGUGAAGAUUUGUAUACUUGUCCGCAUUGUCCGAAAACGUUUAAAGUUAGCUCGAAUAUGCAUCAUCAUCGCAAAAAGGCCCAUCCCAAAGAAUGGGCGGAGGGUAGGCUGAAUCGGCCGACCAUAGCUAAGGUUGAUAUUAAUCAAGUAUCAAAUGAAGUAGUAUUGUAA